AUGAAAACUGCUGGCUACAGCCUCUGGUUUUCCCCAAAACUUUGGGCACCAAACCCAUACCCAUCUCUUGCUAUAUAACCAACCCACCUUCACUUCAUCUUCCUCAUCACAACACAAAACACUUGAUUUAUAGAGAGAUCUUCAAUAUCCCACUCACUACUCAGAAUCAGUUCUUUUACUGUUGAUUGCUGUUUGAGUUUUGGAGAAAGAAAAUUAAGAAGAUGAGUUAUAUGGGGAAAGCUUGGAUAGUGGCAGCGAGUGUGGGAGCAGUGGAGGCACUCAAGGACCAGGGCUUCUGCAGAUGGAACUACGCUAUGAGGUCUAUUCACCAGCAUGCCAGGAACAAGCUCAGGUCUUGUUCUCAGGCCCAGAAACUCUCUUCUUCCUCUUCCGCCAUGGCUUCUAGCAGAGUGAGAGAGGAGAAGGCCAAGCAGUCAGAGGAGUCUCUGAGGACUGUCAUGUACUUGAGCUGCUGGGGACCCAACUGAGGAAGAAGAUAUAUAUAU